AUGGCGAUACUUCAGGCUCAGAAUGAGAAAAUAGCACUGAAGAAAAAGCAGGCUAAACAAAAAGAGAAAGCUCGAAGGAGUCGUCCGAAAAACAGAAAAAAGAGGGUUGGCGGGGGUUGGGAAGGGUGGGAGUUUGUGGAAGCGGAAGGUACGUCUGGAGGCCUGUUGUUGCUAUGGGAUGCAACAGGAGGAAAAACUCGUUGUGUGGGAAGAGUUGAGCUUCGUGUCUGGGUUAUGUCAAGUUCCUUUCUGUUUCAUGGGGACUUUAACAAUAUUAUUCAAGAGGAAGAAAGACGAGGGGUUACUUCCUUGGCGAGGGGCCAGUCAUGUAGUCGGGUUGAUAGAGUCCUGGUUAGUCUUGAGUGGUUAGAAGACUUCCCUGAAACAAGGCUACGAGGAGGCCCAAGAGGUUUGUCAGACCAUUGUCCACUGAUCAUGACUGUCACAAGGUUGGGAGGAGGGCAGCGACCUUUUCGGAGUCUGGAUGCAUGGUUUACUCAUAAUGGGUUUUUAAGGAUGGUGAAGGUGGAAUGCAGGUGCCUAGGGGAGAUUCAAUUCAUGGACAAGUUGAAGGCUUUGACGAUUCCGUUGGGCAGGUGGCAUAGAGAGCACUUUGGAGAGGAGAUCAGGAAAGUUGAUGAUUUGGUCAGCAAUGGGGUAUAUGAUGGAAUAAUGGAGGCUAGAAGGAAGGCGCUUGUGUGCUCAUGUAAGAAAUGGUAUAUCAGAAAGGAAUUGUAUUGGAAGCAGAUGUCUCGGUCCAGGCAUGCUAUGGAGAUGGAUAAAAAUACUAGGUACUUCCACAACUUAGCCUUGGCUCGGAGAAGAAACAAUCGGAUUGAGGCCUUAAGGAUCCAAGGCCGCUUAGUGCGAAAUCAAUCUUGGAUUAAGGUUGCUAUACAGGAUUUCUAUAAGGAGUUGUACCACCAGGAGCAAUCUCCAAAUAUAAGAUUUCGGGACGGGCUGGUAAGGCGAAUAAAUGAGGACGAGGCAUCAGAGCUAGAACUGAUGUCGAAUGCUGACGAAAUUAAGUCUGCAGUGUGGGAUUGUGAGUCAUCGAAAGCACCAGGGAGUGAUGGGUAUAACAUGAAUUUUAUCAAGAAGUGUUGGGAAGAAGUUGGGCGAGAAUUCACGGAUGCAGUGAUGGUGUUCUUCCAUUCAGCACUGCUACCUGCGGGCUCGAAUGACACGUGGGUGGCGCUGGCACCAAAAUUUACUGGAGCGAUAGAAAUAAGGUCAUAUCCAAGGUGUUGGUUUGGAGGAUGCGGAAAGUGA